CUUCAUCGAGGUGAAUAUGUGAGUCGUCACAUUCCCCCCGUGUGGCAGCCUCGGGGAGGCGUGGGGGCGGGGGGACGGCAAGAUAAAGGCAGUGUUGUGGGCGGCGACAGGCAGACCCGCAUGGACUGCCGCGUCCCUCCCCUGCCCGCCAGUCGCUCGCUCACCUGGCGGAGGCAGGUACUCACACUCAAUUUCCGCCUCAGUUUACUCGUCGUCCACCCAACUUCCUGCCCUUCCUGCCUCCUCAGCCCCGUGCCAUGAUACCCGACGCCUCGCCGCCUCUAGGGUGACGAGUGUGCAGCACUGAGGCAGCAGGAAGCACUCGUGUGUCGAUGUGUUGCCGAAUGGUGUGCAGCAUGACCCAUCGCCUCGUGUUCACGUCAGGAAAACGUUACAACUUCCCCUCUGUGUGACGCACGAUAACAUUCACCUCACCCAAGACCAUGACAAACGAGUGAGAAACCAAAUCGUCGCAUCCUCAUCGUGAAAGCGCAGAAGGGCAAGAUACGCAUGUCGGUGUGUGGUGUUGCUACAAACAGUACCUGGGGUGAGGGAGCGUCGUGAAGCAGUGAUCCAGGGUGACAGGUGUGAGCUACGGAAAGUGACACCUGCCUCACUCUGACGCACACUGGCGUACACAAACACACAUACUGUUUAUAGAAUCUCCACUUUCACUUCAAAGACAGAAAACCGGUGACUUACAAGCGAUCCGGUCUUAAUAUUUCGUCUCGUUAGGUAUAAACAUGUACUCAUUAUUUUUCGUCAGUGAUUAAUGAACACACGAAUAGUGUUACAACAAAUCCAUAAUUUAUAAACCUACUGUAACCUCCCCUGCCAUAACAUAACAGUUCAACCCACCAAUGAACAUCGAGCCGUGAAAAACGUGAGAAAGACUGCCAUUUAAACUCUAACCGCUAAUGUAAUGUUGACCACGCAGGGGAUUCUAAGAGAGGUGACGGGCGGCGCUAUUUCCCUCUGAAACAACAAAUCUGGGACAAAGAAAACCAAAGCUCGUGGAUAAUUCAGCAGUUCGAUAGCGUGACGCACCCGGUAACGACACCACCACCACCACCACCACAACUACCACCACCACCACCACUACAGCCGCAACCAUCUGGAACUCUACGCCAAGAACCUCUUACUCUCUCUUACUCACUCAUUCACUCUCUCUCUCUGGCACGGGAACUUUGAGCCGAGGCAUGAGGGGAUGAGAUGAGGAGCAGGGACGCGCCUCACAACUUCCUACUGAUUAGAUAAGAAGAUAAUAAAGGAUGGAGCGGUACGAGAGCCUGGGCGUGGUGGGUGAGGGCUCCUAUGGCCUUGUCCUACGCUGCCGUCACAAGGAGUCCGGACAGACAGUAGCAGUGAAGAAGUUCCUUGAAAGCGAAGAUGACCCCACGGUGAAGAAAAUAGCGCUGAGGGAGGUGCGGAUGCUGAAGAAACUCCGCCACGAGAACCUGGUGAACCUGAUCGAGUUUUUCCGCCGUAAGCGUCGCCUGUACCUGGUGUUCGAGUACGUGGACCACACCAUCCUGGACGAGCUGGAGGCGUCGGACGGCGGGCUGGACGAGGAGACAGCCCGGGCACACAUCUUCCAAGUGCUGCGUGGCAUUGCCUUCUGCCACCAAAACCAGAUCAUCCACCGGGACAUCAAGCCGGAGAACGUGCUGGUGAGCCGCCAGGGCGUGGUCAAGCUGUGUGACUUCGGAUUUGCGCGGCUGCUGGCGGGACCCGGGGAGUCCUGCACCGACUACGUGGCCACCCGCUGGUACCGCGCCCCCGAGCUGCUCGUGGGGGACACCAAGUAUGGCAGGGAGGUGGACGUGUGGGCGUCGGGUUGCCUGCUGUCCGAGAUGCUGACGGGGGAGCCGCUCUUCCCCGGCGAGUCCGACAUCGACCAGCUCUUCCACAUCAUCCAGACCCUAGGCGAGCUGAGCAUGUCUCACCGCCACCUGGUGGAGAGGAACCCCAUGCUGGCGGGUCUAAGACUCCCAGAAGCGGCCUCCACGCCCCUGUCCUCCUCCUUCCCGUCCUGGUCCCCGCGCGCCCACGCCUUCGUCUCCGUGUGUCUGUGCCUGGAACCCUCGGCGCGCCCCUCCGCUCAAGACCUGCUGAAUCACGACUUCUUCAUGCACGACUGCUUCCCAGAGACCUUCCUGCCCAUCCUGAAGCAGCGCGUGCAGCAAGAGUUCAGCAACAACUUCCUGCUGAGCCUGCCGGGGCGACGGAUCCCCAGCACGGCGGACAGGAAGGGCCGGGCCAGGAAGAUUCCGGGAGGCACCAGCCCUGAGAGUGUCUACGGCAGGAGCAUCGCCAGGCCUCAGCCCCACCCGCCGCCCCCCGCAAGGAGUGACAACCCCGUCAGGUCGUCGCCGAUGAAGCAGUGCCAGCCGGGCACUCCUGAUGGACAGUCGGGGUUCGCGAGCCGCCCCGUGGUGUCUUUUGCACCUCUCACGCCCUCACACGUCAGGGGCGGACCCUCAGGAGUAGCUGCGGGCACUUUCAACAAUAACAACAACUACAGCAACAUGAACAACAACAACAACAGCUACAACAAUGGGGAGGACGCGUCGCACCCUGCCACCACCACCACCACCUCCACCACCUCCUCCAGACUCAUCCCGCCCCUGCGAGACCACAGUACCGUCACCUUCUCUCCCACCACCACCACCGCCCCCUCCACCAUGAAUACCUACAAUAACAACAACAGCAGCACCCACAACAACAACAACACCAUCGCCCUCACGCUGCACAUCACGGGCACCACCAACACGUCCUCUCCGUCACGCACCAGAGUCGUGGAAAAGAGCCGCAAAUCCCCAGCCAGUCUGUGGGGCGCCCCUCUCAAGCCACGGGGGCACGGGUUGUGCAUCCAGGGGCAGGGACAGGCGCACUGGGAUGACGACGACCACUUGAUAUCAGACGGACCUUCCUCCUUCCUCUCCAGCGGCCGCUACCACACAGACCACAGCCGCUCCUCAGACGCGCCACGCCCCAUUGACGCCAGCCGCCACCCUUACACCAUCAGUCUGGACCGCACGAAGGAGCUGGUGGCCCGGGACUCCUCCAGCCUGAGGGACGCUGCGGCUAGGGACGGAUUCGGGAGGGAGUUUGCGAGAGACCCUCUGAGGGAGAUCAAGGACAACCCGAGGGAGAGGGAGAGGAGACCCAAGCUGGAAAUUACUGGCUGGGCGCGGCCAAGACUUCUUAACAAUGACCUGUCGCUGCCUAACGUGCCUGGAGUUUCCUCCCCGUUAGUGAACAGCGGCCAGAUCAGCCCCAAAAAGUACACGAUGGAGGGUGGGGUGGGCAAGCGGUCUCGUCGGGGCGGCCUCACCAUGCCCGCCCUCAGCUCGGUGCAGCGCGGCUCGCCCAACUCCCUCAGCCGCUCGGUGGGUGGGGCGGCGCGGCAGGAGGCGCUGGAGGGAGAGGAGUGGAGGAGCGGUGAUGUAGUGAGGGAGGAGUGGAGAAGCGGGGAGGUAGUGAGGGAGGAGUGGCUGCCGGGAGGGGAUGAUGAGGAAGGAGAGUGAGGGAUAGAAUGUUUAAUACCAAGAAUAUUCAUUACCAAAAGUAUCUGUAAUUUUCAAUUCCUGCCCCACAGACAAUACUUGUGUUUUGCUAGCCCCUUCAGUCAGUCAGGUUUGUUGGCAACAACAUGUGUGGCGCUAAGGCUCAAUUGGCAUAGGGCGGGAGAGGUACUGGUUGUGAGAAAUGCUUGGACCAAACACCCAAACUAGAUCUUAUACCAAUCCCUCUCUCUCUCUCUCUCUCUCUCCCUCUCCCGCAGGUUGACUCCACCCCUCCCUCCUCUCCCCUCGCCAACCUGCCGUACGUGUGACACUUGGCCAGCCGUCAGGAUCCGGCGCGUGGCAACUAUUAAGGGAAAGGACGAAGAAUAAGGAAGAGGUUGGACUUGUGAAGAGAAACUUUUCCUUCCGUUUAUUUCCCGAAGAUCCUGAUGCUUGAGUGACUCCUAUUUCAGUCGCGUCGCUCAGAGAGGUGAAAGAGAUCUCUUAGUAAUUACAAAAAGAAAGGACACUGAUACAUUAUAAGUGAAGAGCAAAGCAAAGGAAGACGCGGCUCUGUAGUCCCUUCAAACGCGAGUCAGUCAGGUUGUGCUGAAGCGUGAGGUGUUGCAGAAACACAAUGCAAGAACAAAUGAUGGACACAACACUUCUUUGAAACAUUCUGAAGCAUGUGAAGCGUCUGGUGAGGAAGAGAAACCCUGGCAAUGCGGUUUUUUUUUUUUUUGGGUGUGAUUGCGGACAGGCGGCGGUAAAUGAAGUGGUCCGAGCGGUGGCGAGACGAGAGGUGAGCAUUGCUGUCUCCCUGACUACGUUGACAUCAGUCGUGUUUUGCUUCGCUGACUAGCAGACAAACAGUUAACAUUUGUGAGCUAACGAUAAUCACCACCGCGUAACAACAGCUCUGCGCCAGUACUUUGCUUUUGCUGUCAUGCGUCCCCCAGUUGCCCCCCCAGUGAGCCGCACGGUGAUAAGGUAAAAAAAAUAAAUAAAUGAAUAAAUAAACUCUGGGAGUGUCCGAGCUUCAUCUAGGUUCCGCAUCGAUCGCUUUCGAUCAUAAUCGAAACAAAUAUAAAAGCAAAUUUUACCACUGACGACCACGUACACUAGAACUAUACUGGAGGUACACUGCUCCUUACUGAACACGAACCUUGUGCACUGGUUGCCUCGAGCAUGUGCAGCGACUCAAGGUACGGAAAGACACUGAUUCCCUCACUGACCUCCCUUGGCAUCUGUCACUGAGAUGAAGACAGGCGUGAUGUGUAAUAAUAACAAUACAAACUAGUCCAGCCCAUAGAUUAAUUGAAUGUUCCGAGGGCAGUGUGCCUCCGGGGACGGUAGCCCAAGGUUUUCUUCUUAACACCAGAUUGCCCAUUUGUACCCAUGUGUGAUUGCAAUGUGUGUCAUCUCACUUACACUAUUUGAGUCCGUCCAGGAUACAGAUUCCAUCCGUCUCGGUGGCGCAGCGCCGCUGGUCCGCAGUACAAACUUUUGAGCAAGUGGUCCCAAGACUCCCCGUGGACGUCUCGGCGACUCCAAGUCACUGCGUCACCGCCCGUCCAUCAUUCCUGAUACGUACCAGUCCCUCCACACGCCAGACCACCAAUCAAAACUCGCGUCUCCAGUGCCUGGCUUCCCGACCGCCUCGUAUUCCCGUGAGUCGGCGAGGCAGACGCGCGUCCUCCCUCACGCCAUAAACAGCACGGCGAAGCGAAACUAAGUUAGUUGAAGCUUCGAAGAGGAGUGCAAAACACAUAUUCAUCAUGCAACUUUUUAUGGCUGAAAUUUCCCCACCUGUGAACAUAACAGUAAUUUUUAAAAUUUCCUGUACAGCAAACUGCUUUUAGUUUUAUAUGGUGAUGAGUGUAUCAUGUGAUAAUGUCAAAUUACCCUAUAAUUGUAAGA